CAGUCGCAGUGCCAGCGGCAGUGCCUCUCGUGGCGGGUGCAGCAAGUGCAGCACGCUCAGCCCGCUCUGCGCCUCGAACGGCAGUGGCUCGUGCGGCGUCCGUUCGGAAUUCGGGAACCGCCCCUAGCAGCGAGUGUGAGUAGGUACGAUGCCCGAGGAGUCGAACAAGGCGGCCGGCGACACUCUGGAGACGAGCGCGCUCGACAAGACCGAGAUGAGCGAGACAUCGGCGAACAAGCAGCAGCAGCAAUCGCACUCGAGCCCGUCGUCGCUGAAGCGGCACCUGCGAAAGACCUACGGUCGCCGCCCCAUGGAGAUGGUGAACCGCUACUUCCGCUCCAUGUUUGACCUCGCCUCGUACGCCAACAACGCGGCGUUCCUGAUGCGUUGCCGCGCCAUGCGGGUCGUGCCGCGGGUCUACCGCGUCGACUGCCGCGACAUCAAGAACACCCGGCACGUGGUGCGCAUCUUGGACGAGUGCAGCUACAGGCUCAUGCUUGCCGACCUCGACUACAACCGCCUGCGAAAGGUGCAGGUGUCGCGUCUCCUGGAGCGUCUGCACGAGAAGCUCGAGAAGAUCAUGUCCUCGGACGACCUGAGGAACGUGGUGCUCCUGGCCAAGGGGAAGUACGAGAACGUCUUCGAGGCCACCAGGGACAAGCAGCGUGCCAUGUUCAACGACCUGCUCAAAGAGUACGACAUCGAGCCGAACAAGAAGACUGAGGAAAACGAAGAAUGACGUGGCGGCCGGCACUUCCUGGGCGAGCCGGCUCGAGCCUUCAUCCGCCCUUCCUGUCUUUUUCUUUUUUUAUGUCUUCAUCUUCUUCGUCGGUGUUGCAAGACAAGUGCGCCAAGACCAAGCUGACCGGCCAGGGCUAUGGAUCGGCGUGUCCCUGGAGUUCCAUCGCGUCUUCAAGGAAGUGAAAGUGCAUGGCCAAGGUGAUGGACUUCCUCGGACUCGGACGAGUCAAGCAAGCCUGGGGGGGCUUUCUUUUGUUUUUCCUUUGUUACCUUGGCGUUGCAGGUUAACGUUAAAAAAAAAUAAACAGUGAACGCAAGCACUACGUGCUUUACUGUCGACGAAGUAAAAGCACCUACCCUUCCUGGGUACGUUCCUGUUGCUGAAUAAAAGGCUUGUUGAUUUA